CAAAUUUCUUGGGCAAAAUCAGAGCAGCCUCUUCUUCGCCGAGGAAGCGACAGCGCGAGACUGAAACACGAGUGGAGCGGACUUUCGUCGUCGGUUUCUCAGGAAUUAUGAACUUUUCGCGGCCUGUUUGGCCUCAGCUGAAAAGCGACGAUGGUUGAGUUGGUUUCUUUUUUUUUAAAGGGAAUAAACAGGUUCGUUUAAGUCUUGGAUGCGACGUGGUUUUGCAGCAGCAGCAGCAGAAGAGAGAGACCCGUGCCCACGGACAACACCGCAUCCGCUCCCCCGCUCAACAUGAACCUGAUCGGGGGUUACCAGCACCAUCACCACCUCAUGCACGAGCCCUUCCCGUUCGUGCACCAGCGGUGUCACCAGGACGCGCCGUACUUCCAGAGCUGGGUGGUGAACCACCACGGGGACGUGCCGCAGGAUUUCCACCACGUCCAGGCGCCGUACGCGGCCGCGGAGCUCGGCGCGCCCGGAGCCGCCGCGCACGACCCGCGGCUGGUGGAGGGGCUCCAGGCGGGGAUGGGGAAGCGCAGGGCGUCAGGGCCGAAGAAGGAGCGCCGCAGGACGGAGAGCAUCAACACGGCCUUCGCGGAGCUGCGGGAGUGCAUCCCCAACGUCCCCGCGGACACCAAACUGUCCAAAAUCAAAACUUUACGGCUGGCGACGAGUUACAUCGCCUACCUGAUGGACGUGCUGGCCAAAGACUCCGGCGAGACGGAGGGAUUUAAGGCCGAGAUUAAAAAAUUUGAAAACCGGGAUAUGAAAAGGAAGCGAGAGCUGACCGACGGUCUGCCGGAUUCUUUAGGAGCAGAGAAGAAGGUCAAAGGUCGCACCGGUUGGCCGCAGCAGGUUUGGGCGCUGGAGCUCAACCAGUGACGUCAUCAUCAUUAUCAUCAUCACCAUCGAAGCUUCUUCACGGACUUCAGAAUCAGAUAAACCAACAAAAACAAACAAACACAAACCACUGACUGAGCGCGUGGACGCACCGCUGUGCGCGCGUGCACUGACGCGACGCGCGACACGAAGAGAAAAAAUGAGAGGACGAGCGCGCGGACUCUUUUUCUCUUGUUGUUGUUGUUGUUGUUUCCCUUUUUAUUUUGUUUUUUUCCCCUCCUGGUGGGUGUGGUUUCUGUGAGUGGACACACACACACACACACACACAC